AUGGCGGCGGCCUCCGCCCGCGUCCUCGCCGCGGCCGCCACGGCCGCCGCCACGGGGCACCGGCGCGCCGCGUUGAGGCGCGUACCGGUCCCGGUGUCCGCCUCGCUCUCCUUCCCGCCGCGCCACCCGGCGCCAUUCCGCGGCCGGGCCAGCCUCGCCUGCCCCGCCGCGGCCUCGCUCUCCGUCCCCUCCGGCGGCGCGCCGCCGGGCUCCGUGCCAUUCGACCUCCUGACGCCCGACUCCGAGCCCUUCAUCGAGUGGGACCCGCCCCCGGGCGACUCCGCGGCCUCGCCUUUCGCCGGCGGAGGCGGCGCCGCGGGGGGCGCCACGCUGGUCGUGCUGCUCGGGUGGCUCGGCGCGCGCCAGAAGCACCUCCGCCGCUACGCCGACCUCUACCGCGAGCACGGGGUCGGCGCGGUGCGGUUCGUCGUGCCCGUGCGCGAGCUCGUCGACCUCGACCUCGGCCGCCGCGUCGAGCGCAGGGUCGCCGACCUCUCCGAGGAGAUCGCCGCCUGGUGCGACGCCGACUGGCGCCGCACCCUCCUCUUCCACACCUUCAGCAACACCGGAUGGCUCGCCUAUGGUGCUGUAUUGGAGAAUCUACAAUCAAGAGCUGACCUAACUGAGAGAAUAAGAGGAUGUAUUGUAGACUCUGCACCAGUUCUAGAGAUAAGACCAGAGGUCUGGGCGGCUGGAUUCUCUGCUGCAAUGUUAAAGAAAAGUAGUUCCAUGACAGGACCUACAGCUGAAUCUCUUGAUGGGCCUAUUGUAAAUGGCACCUUGAACAAAGUUACCUCUAAUGUGACGCAACCUUCAUGGGGUGAAUGCUUUCUUCUGUCAACUCUGCAGAAAUUCUUUGAGAUUGUUCUUUAUGUACCUGAUGUAAACAAGCGACUGUGCAGGACUCUCUUGGUUCUUUCGGAGAAGCAGCCUUCCUGCCCCCAGUUCUACCUGUACAGCUCAGCCGACCGAGUCAUACCGGCGGAGUGCGUGGAGAGCUUCAUGAACUCGCAGAGAAGCCUAGGGCGCAGCGUGUUCGCCCACAACUUUGUCUCGUCGCCCCACGUCGACCACUACCGGAGCUUCCCCCACGUGUACUCUGCCAAGAUCGACGAGUUCCUGAAGAUCUGCUCCACGGUCAAAGUAUCAUGA